AUGAUUAAUUUAAACGUAAAUACAUUGCAGCAUGAAUGAAGGCAUGCAUUGUCGCGAAGCAGAGCAUGAGGCGGGAAGCUUCCGAAGAGGAAAUGAUGAAAAAGUGGUGAGCCCCUUUGAUCAGAAGAGAGUGAAGGGAUAGUGACAGUGAUAGUGACAUUGAUGGGGAUUGCAGAGAACUCAAAGGGUUUGGUUCUGGCCGUCGCGUCGGGUGUGUUCAUAGGGGCAAGCUUCAUUUUGAAAAAGAAAGGUCUUAAACAAGCUGCUACUAACGGCACUCGUGCAGGAGUUGGAGGCUAUUCUUAUCUACUACAGCCUUUCUGGUGGGCUGGCAUGGUUACAAUGUUUAUUGGGGAGGUUGCUAAUUUUGUGGCUUAUAUAUAUGCUCCUGCACUUCUCGUUACUCCCCUCGGCGCACUGAGUAUAAUUGUCAGUGCUGUUUUAGCCCACUUCUUGUUGAAGGAAAAGCUUCAGCAGAUGGGGAUUUUGGGUUGUGUGUUCUGCAUCGUGGGUUCAGUUCUCAUUGUCAUCCAUGCACCUCAAGAGCACGCUUUGAAUUCUGUACAAGAAAUAUGGGAUCUCGCCACUCAGCCUUUAUUUCUUGUUUAUGUGACGGUAACAGUGUCGAUAAUUUUAGCCUUGAUUUUGCAUUUUGAACCUCGCUAUGGUCAGAAAAAUAUGCUGGUCUACUUGGGAAUUUGUUCAUUGAUGGGCUCACUUACGGUUAUGAGCACAAAAGCCAUAGGAAUUGCAAUCAAGCUUACAUUAGAAGGAAUAAGUCAAUUAACGUAUCCUCAAACUUGGUUUUUUCUUACCGUGGCUGUCAUAUGUAUCAUUACACAGCUGAACUACCUGAACAAGGCACUGGAUACGUUCAACACAGCCAUUGUCUCUCCCGUACAUUAUGUCAUGUUCACAACUCUGACUAUUAUUGCUAGUGUGAUAAUGUUUAAGGAUUGGUCUGAUCAGAGUGCAAGCAGCAUAGCCUCUGAAAUAUGUGGAUUUAUCAUUGUCCUUUCAGGAACAAUCUUAUUGCAUGCGACAAGAGAAAAAGAACAACCUAACAUGCGAGGGUCCUUAACAUGGUACAUUGGUGAAGACUUGGUGAAGGGCAUUGAAGAUGAACGCCUGAACCUUAUUAUACACGGGUCAGAUUACAUUGAACAGUGACUUUUUCAACGUAAGAGAAUGCAACACUGCAAAGGUCAACCAAGUGGGUGCAUGAUUUGGAGCAUUUGCAACCUGUGUAGUUUAAGAAAUGUAGAAACUAUCUUAUACAAUGUGUGAUUUAAGCAAAUCCUUUUCAAAAUAAAAUAAGGAUUGCUGCCAGCCAGCCACAUUGCAAGACUGGAUAACAAUGCAGGAAUUAAAAUAGGUAAUUUGAAUUAUAAAAACUGAAGAAGGAAUUAAAGAGGAAGAGAUAUAAUGAUGGAGUGAAUUGAUGGUUGUUGGGUUUUUUUGGCUGAAAAUAGAUCCAUCUAUUUGCAGCACAUAAUGAAUGAAUGAAUUUGAAGAGCAGUGUGG